UUCCGUUUUCGGAUCCGGUCGGGCCUCAGGCGCUCCCAUUCGCGCGCUACCCGUCCGCUACCUUCACGGCCGCCUCCUCUUCGACUAGUUUUCCGGCGUCCUCCGAUGCCCAUCGACGAUCAGCGAUUCUGAACGUUGGCAGACGUUGCCGGAAGGCUAUAUUUUAUGAUCGUGGGUUUGCCGAGCGUGGGAAGUGGUUAUUCAGUCCUGAAGAGGGUUGGUUUCUUUUAAAAUGGAGAAGAAGGCCGACGACGGUGGUUCUCCUCAGAACGAGAAAGAGGAGAGCUCCAGCGGCGUCCUUCCAGAAUCCUUUGUUCACCCACGGGGAACAGUAGGAAUGGUGAAUUGGGGUACAGCUACCGUAGUUGGAGUGUUUGCUGGAUUGCUAUAUGGAGGUAGCAGGGAAGCAGUUGCAUCUGUUAGUAAAGAUGCGGAAGUGACACUGAAACUUGGGAGCACAUCAGAUAAGCGAGAGCAAUACAGACUCAUGAGGGAUGCAAUGGAGAAAAGGUUUAUUCGAGUGACACGUGGCUCCAUUGUUGGUGGUGUUCGUCUUGGGAUGUUCACAGCUAGCUUUUACGGCUUGCAGAAUCUCCUUGCAGAACAACGAGGAGUGCAUGAUGUUCUAAAUGUAGUUGGAGCUGGUUCUGCCACGGCUGCAGCCUUUGGCCUUAUAUUGCCUGGUUCCCUUGCAUGGCGUGCUAGGAAUGUUUUACUUGGUUCAGUGCUGGGGGCGGUUUUUGGCUUUCCACUUGGUUGGGCUCAUUUGAAGUUGGUUGAGAAGGCAAACGAGGAGAUCGUAGCUGCAGCUGAACAGGGCAAGACGAAGGGUGGAAUUACUGCAGCCAUCGAGAGACUUGAAAGUAACUUGAACAAAUGACUGCCAGGACAGAUGACUGCCUUCUUCUAUAAGAAAAAAAAGAGCUUUCUUUUCUUUCUUCCGUUAAUCGUGCUGCAGUUCUCUAUUUGGUGUAACUUCGAAUUCAUGGAUGCAGUGUAUGGUUUCACAUUUUGAGGCUUUCCAAUUGGUUAAUAAUCUACUGCACUGCAAGUUUUUUA